CUCGCUGUCAGUCUCUCACCGCCCGAGCAACAGGUGCCUCAAAUUAAUAUUUAAGACCACUGUAGCACAUUGGUUUGUUGUGAAGUUACAUCAAGUCAAAGUGCAGCAGAAAAUAAUACGGCUGUAUUAAAAAUGAAUCUGACGCCACCAGACCAAAGCAUUCAUAAGCCUAACGAGGUCUGCAUGGAGGACAGCAAAGCAGAUCUAAUGCUGCAGUGCUUUCGCCGAGACAUGUACGAGGAGCGUCUCUCGUCCUACCACAACGCGCCGCUCAUCUCUCAUCUUUUACGAAAAACCAUCCACAAUAAACGGUCCAUUCUUAACAAUAACCAACCGUACAUGCCAGCGACCUCUAUUGCUUGCUCCAGCAUGGUUGAGUCAAGACCUACAGUGACUGAGACCACUCAGGAUGACUGGAGUAACCUGUCUUCCAAGGACAGCCAGCUGGAAUCGACGUCUCCUGUUCACACUUCCAGUGGAAUAAGCGCUGAACCUGAAUGCCCACUGAGCGAGCAUGUCCAGGCCAAACGAGCAAGGGUGGAGAACAUCAUACGAGGCAUGGCGAGCUCACCAGGCGACAAGUCACAUGCAGAAAGAGAGAAUGCUGAGAGUGAAAUCAGCAAGUACAGCAGAGAAGUGUAUAAAGAGAGCAAACGCAAACAGAAGCUUCCUCAGCACCAGGAGCACAACCAUGCUGGAAUUUCAGCAAACACUGAUCAUAAUAUAAGCAGAGAUGAAGAGUGUCACAAGCUAAGGAAACAACUGCAGAGCAUGCAGCAGCUCUUACAUCAACUUCAGGAGAAAUUUCUAAGGAUGUAUGACCACAAUAGCUCAGAGAAUGAGGAGAAAGGGGAGCAGCAAGACAGCCAUGAGCUUGAUGUAUGCAUGAGUUCUGACAACAUCAGCAUGCUUGAACACAAAGAGAGCAUGAAACAAGAUGAUGGAUGUUUGAGCCCGCAGAGGGAUCAGAAGAACCUCCAGGAAAUGCUAAAAUGUGAGCUUUCCAGAGCUAUAAGUGAAAGUGUUGAUAUGGUGUUCAGAAAACUCUCUAUGAUCCUAGAGAACCAAUCACCACAGCUACAUCUGUAUCAGAGUCCAGACUGCACAGGUAUGGAGAAACGAGACCAUCAGGCAUGCACUAGAGAGUCUUCUGACCUAGAGAAUGCCACAAAACCAAUGCCUGUAGAGUGCUAUGAAAACACACCUUCACACAGUCCAGAGCAUCAAACAGAAGCUUUGUCUCUCGUAGUCCGAAAAUCCCCGUUAAACGCUUUGGGUUCAGUAGGGCAUUCAGUAAAGAGACCCUAUCCCCUGCACCAAUCUCCAUUCCAGUUCAGUCACAGCGCUUCUCUGCAUGACAGCCAAAUCUUGGAGCACCUCCUCAAGUAUGGACCUCAUUCUAAUUUCACUGGGAUCUCUUGCCUUCCCCCAUCAUUGGAGAGAUCACCCCAAGAUUCAGUGGCUCUUCCUUGGGAAAGCAUUGCUUUGAGGUCAAAGGUAAGCUCUGGCCACCUCGGGCAGCACCAUCGUCCCGGGGCUCUCGGCCAAGUGACAGUAGAUGGCCUUUGCCUACCGCAUGUCAAGAUGGAGUGUGGAGAACUGCAGAGUAUGGCGGAGAGGAGCACCUUCAUGCCACUCAGUAUCCAAGAAGGAUUAACGCCUAACCAUUUGAAGAAAGCCAAACUGAUGUUCUUCUACACGCGGUACCCGAGUUCGAACAUCCUAAAGACCUUUUUUCCUGAUGUCAAGUUUAAUCGCUGCAUCACUUCCCAGCUAAUCAAGUGGUUUAGUAACUUCCGAGAGUUCUACUACAUUCAGAUGGAGAAGUUUGCACGCCAGGCUAUUAUGGAUGGAGUAAGUGACGUGAAGGACAUGUCUGUUACCAGAGACUCAGAAGUCUUCCGUGCUCUUAACAUGCACUACAACAAAGCCAAUGAUUUCCAGGUGCCUGAGCGCUUCUUGGAGGUGGCUGAAAUCACCCUGCAUGAAUUUUAUAACGCCAUCUCUCUCAGCAAAGAUUCAGACCCGUCAUGGAAAAAAUCCAUUUACAAAAUCAUCUGUAAACUGGACAGUGAUGUUCCUAAUGAGUUUAAGUCUCCUUCAUAUUUGUAGAUACAUUUACCAGGUACAGAUCUCCGCAGGCCUGAACGAAGUUUCUGACAAAGAAAACCUUGUGAUUUUUUACGACUCGUAGGAUCGAGGUCUGAUAUCUGCUUUGAAUAUGAAUGAAUGCUUUAGGAGAUUUGGUAGCCAUUUUUUGCAUUGUGCUCACUCUUGAUACAGGGAAUCAUGUGUAAUAUAGCUUUCAUUUCAUUUGUGUGAACUGUAUUUUAAUUUUUUACCACCAAGUUUAUAUGUCAAGUUAUGCAGUUUUGUUUUAAAAUACAGUACAUUAUGUAUCAUUUUGGAUAUGAGGAAAAAAAGAAGUGUUUUCUGUUAUCAUGUAAAUUGGAAUUUAUUCAGCUUGGAUUUGUCUUCUAUAAAAAAAAUUCUGAUAUAAGUUGGAAUGUUCCUCUCAUUGGGGAAAAAAGUGUCUGUAAUUAAAAGUAUAUCUAAAAAGAUGCUACUUCCUGCUUAUAGUUGUGUAAUAUGGUAUA